GGAGGCGGGGGGAAGGCAGCAGCCUGUCUGUCUGUCUGUGUGCUGCAGAGGCAGUGCCCCUUGGCCCUGCUGACCAUUGGCUGCUCGGCCCCAGUGCAAAGGUGACUCAGAAGCAGAAUGAAUCACAGUGCAUAGCAAUCCGAGAGGACAGGAGCUGGUCGCCGUAGGAAGGAGCUGACAGGUGCUUGGGGAGACGUCUUCAUACGGUGGGGCUUGAAGACAUGGCUUUUAUCUACUUGUCCUGCUAAUACGAGAUAAAUAUCCAUCUUCCCAAGAGGCAUCUUUUAGCAGUCUUCUGGAGUGUCCCUGCUGUGCAGCUGCUCAGAGGUGUCUCUCAAGUUGAGGAACACCUCAGGAGAAAAUCGUCAACAAGCAUCUGCAAACUGAAGAAACACUGGUGAAGUCGUGAUCCACCCCAGUUGCACAGACAAAUAUGAAGUUACUCUGGAUUAUCUCAUUUUUUCUGCUGCAAGACACUGAAGCUUUCCUGCUGCAGAACGCUAAAAUCAGGCAGUGUUUACAGGCCAGCCCAACAGAUGAGAAUUUAUUGCUGUCGGACUGUAAUUCAGCAUCAGAUUUCCAGAACUGGUUUUGGCAAGGAGAUUCUUUGAGGAAUCAUGGCACACAGAGCUGCCUCUCCGUGGUGGAAGCCAACAGAGUGCAGACAAGUCCUUGUGACAGCGUGGGCUUCACAAGCUGGGACUGCUCCAAUUCGUUGCUCUUUCCUCUGGGCAGCAGCCAGGGCUACCUGGUGGCAAGCAAAAGAGGAGUCACGCUCGAUAAUGUGAGAGGUCUCAAGGCUCAGUGGCAAAGUGCUGCAGAGAGGAGUGUGUGCAAGGAGAAAGCAGCAGCACAAUAUAGCUACUUACCCGCAGCCCUUACCAGCACACACGUGUAUGACCACACAGCAUACAGUGCUGACCUUGUGCUGGAUAUGGAGCCAGAAAAGCUGGAGGAGCUGCUGUGGUUCUUCCGCAGAGAAGACCCAUCAGCAUGGAAUUACUCCAUCCUUGCGCUUUCCUUCGUGGUCACAAUUUUGGGUUUUGUCCUUCUGGCCAUUAACAUUUCACGAAACAGGAAAAGGAAGAUCCAUAUGUAUAAAGAAGCAGCGCAAGCUGCCCAGAAUUCUGAGCUGGAAAGCAAGCAAGCCCUCCUAACAGUGCCAGAAUUCAGCCCAGAAAGCCUGCAGAAGCCAGAGCCACUGCCACAGGAUGAGAGAUCGGGAGAGGUGCUGGUUCAGUGGAAGGAUGGGACUGUCACCACUCUGUACAGGGAAACAGCAGAGGAUGCCAUGUAACAGCUGAUGUCAAAUCGCCUUAGGGCAGUUGGGCCCUAAAGAACCUACCAGAAUGUCUCAAUUCACAGAAACCGAAGAUCGAAAAGUUGAAAAAUUUUAGCCUGGAAAAAAAAUAAAUAAAUGGAAAAAAGAAAAAAGAAAAAAGAAAAAAGAAAAAGAAAAAAGAAAAAGAAAAAGAAAAAGAAAAAGAAGAAAAUAAGAAAGAGCUGUCAGUAGAAGUGGCUCAGGUCUCAGAGGCAAACCUGUGCCUCCCCACUGCAGCCUCACUUGGCUGAUCUUUACACCCCUCACUCAGCUGCUGCCUAUUGGGAUGGGAGCUCACAGUCAGCCAGGGACCAUGCCCUCACCUGCAGACAUGGAAACACUGACACUGAAGCUGGGGAGUGUUUGUUCUUUUCAAAAGUUACCUUUAUUAAAAUAUUUUCCAAAGUG